AUGUACACCUUUGUGUCAUACUUUGGCUUCCUGCCCUCUGCACAACAGUCUCUGCUUGAGCGCUUUGAGGAGACUCUGGCAGAAGCAGCCCAGGAGGAUGCCUCUGAAAUGGACUAUGCAACAUUGAACCAAGAACCAGAACACAGCCAGUCCAACCGAGGAUGGAACACGGAGCAGGACAGGGACCAAGAAGCUAUGACAGUAGAACGAUCCCAAGCAGCGGCUGAAGGCCAGAGCCGGGCCUUGAGUCAGAGGAGCCGCCUACUGGACCUGCUGGUGACGGCCAGAAAGCGGGCAUCAGGCUGCUUUGGUGCCAGGAUGGACCGGAAUAGGGAACGCGAGCAGUCUGGGUUGCAACACUGGAAGAGGAUAGGCUGACUCUUCUGUGGGAUACGUUUGAUCCAUUUAUUGUUUAUGACCAGAAGUUCAGUCAAUUUAAUAUCUGAUAUUACUAUCCAUGUCUUGAUUUCUGCACGUAUCUGUGUGAACAAAAUCAUGAAUUGUGUGAAGAAUCCAUGACACUGUAUGCUGUUCAACAAUGGCACA